AUGCCGCUACAUGCCAAUGUGGCAGUGGCUCAGGCUUUCUGGCUCAGAGAGGCUGUAAAAGCUUGGACACUUUGUUCGCUUUAUUCUUACAUAGACACCACGGUGCAGAAGGGAGGAAUUCCAGGCAUGCCAGGCUGUUUGGAACACACAGGGGUGGUCACCCAGCUGAUCCGGGAGGCAAGAGAAAGCAGAGGAAAUCUGGCAGUCCUUUGGCUUGACCUCGCCAAUGCCUACGGAUCCAUUCCACACAAACUGGUAACAACAGCUUUGACAACACACCACGUUCCAGAGAAGAUCACUGAACUCAUACAGGACUACUACAGCAGCUUCAGUCUGAGGUUCACCUCUGGGACAAUAACAUCGGCAUGGCACCGCCUUGAGAAGGGCAUCAUCACUGGUUGCACCAUAUCAGUGACGCUCUUUGCACUGGCGAUGAAUAUGCUUGUCAAGGCAGCAGAAGUGGAGUGUAGGGGCCCCCUGUCCAAAUCCGGCAUUCGCCAACCUCCGAUCCGAGCCUUCAUGGACGAUCUGACGGUCACAGCAACAUCAGUGACAGGGUGCAGGUGGCUUCUCCGGGGACUGGAAAGGAGCAUCAUUUGGGCGAGGAUGAUGUUCAAACCAGCCAAGUCCAGGUCCCUGGUCCUGAGGAAGGGGAAAGUUGAGGAUAAACACCGCUUCAACUUGAAUGGAGUCCCCAUUCCAUCAGUAUCGGAGAAGCCUGUAAAGAGCCUGGGGAAGAUCUUCGACAGCACUCUGAAAGACAAGGCAGCGGUGCAGUCAGCCAACGCAGAGUUGAAGACCUGGCUAUCAGUAGUGGACAAGUCGGGCCUCCCGGGGAAGUUCAAGGCAUGGAUAUACCAGCAUGGUAUCCUGCCGAGACUCCUGUGGCCACUACUGAUCUAUGAAGUCCCAGUAUCCAUUGUGGAGGGCUUCGAACGCAACAUCAGCCAGUACCUGCGCAGGUGGCUAGGCUUGCCAAAGAGUCUAAGCAGCAUCGCCCUGUAUGGGAAUACCAACAAGCUGCAACUCCCCUUUACUGGCCUGACCGAGGAGUUCAAAGUCACCAGAGCCAGAGAGGUGCUGCUGUACAGGGACUCAGCCGACACCAGAGUCUCCUCCGCAGGCAUCACGGUCAGAACGGGGAGGAAGUGGCGGGCGCAAGAGGCAGUUGACCAGGCUGAAGAAAGACUAAGGCAUGGCGUCUUAGUAGGGUCAGUGGCAGUUGGACGAGCUGGUCUUGGUAGCCACACAAGACCACGCUACGACAAGGCCCAGGGACGAGAGAGACGUCAGAUGGUGCAGGGAGAGAUCCGUGCAGAGGUGGAAGAGGAACGCCGAACCAGGACAGUGGCCAUGCGCCAGCAAGGAGCAUGGACCAAUUGGGACCAGGCAUCGGCACGGAAGAUCACCUGGUCAGAACUUUGGAAGUCGGAACCAGCCAGACUCAAGUUCCUGAUUCAGGCAGUGUACGAUGUGCUCCCAAGUCCAUCAAACCUUCAUUGCUGGGGGCUAGCAGAAACCCCAGCAUGCCCACUGUGCUCGGCAUGGGGUUCCCUGGAGCACAUCCUGAGCUGCUGCCCGAAAGCCCUGGGAGAGGGGAGAUACACGUGGCGCCAUGACCAGGUGCUGAAGGCAGUAGCAGACACCAUCUGCACCGGGAUUCAGCAGAGCAAGCACCAGCCCCCGGUUAGGCAAAACAUCACUUUCGUCAGGGCUGGGGAGAAACACCCGGCAGGACAUAAAGUCCCGACCGGACUGCUAGCCACAGCCCGUGACUGGAAGUUGCGAGUGGACCUCGGGAGGCAACUUAAGUUUCCAGAGCACAUAGCCAGGACGUCACUGAGGCCAGACCUGGUCUUAACAUCGGACGCCACAAAACAAGCGGUGCUGCUGGAACUUACAGUCCCCUGGGAAGACCGGAUGGAGGAGGCCCACGAGCGGAAGAAGGCCAAAUACCUGGAGUUGGUGGAGUUGUGCAGAGAGAGUGGCUGGAGGGCCCGCUGUGAGCCAGUAGAAGUGGGCUGCAGAGGCUUUCUAGGGCAGUCGUUGCAUCGAACACUCAAGCUCCUUGGCAUCAGAGGGCUGCAAGAAAGAAGGGCCACCAAAAACAUCAGCGAGGCGGCCGAAAAAGCCUCGAGGUGGCUGUGGAUCAAGAGGGGAGACACAUGGAGUAGCACGCUGCUUGGACACAAACCGGGGCCUGAUCACCCCCGGUUGGGUCGCCUAGGUGAGGGUGUCUGAAGAUCAAAGA